GCUAUCACUUUCUCUUACAUGAUUUGCAUUCUUAAAUUCAGUUUUGAGUUGAGAACUGAAAAUUGAAACUGAUUGAAACCCAAUAGAAUAGAAUUGACUGUAAUGCAAUGCAGUUCAACGACCUAGCUUAGAUAGUCAUAUUAAUUGUGCAAGCCUCACUUGUGAUCAUUAUUUUUGUUUCAGGUUUCAAGAUGUAUAUCAUUUGGAGGCUAGUUCCUCUACAAGAGAGUGCACUGUGUAGAUAAUUUUGCUUUACAAAGCCAAAGUAAUACUGCUUUAUUUUUGAAAAAUAGGGAAGAAUUUUUGGUGUGUAAAUGUAAGGUUCAGUUGACAUUCUACUUCACAAGAAACAUCUCAAAUUUCAGAAUGUGGAAUAUGUAAGAAAAGAAGCAUGAAGAAGAUAGCACACUGAAUGAAGGUGGAGCUGAGAUUUCUAUUUCAGGGUACAAACUAGCAAAAAGACUUGCUGAGAGUGGAGUCCAGGGUUCAGAUAUUGGAAUUAUUACCCAACAUGCUGCACAGGUGCUAUAGAGUGUACCAUGUUGUUGUCUUACAAAAGAUGUUGAGAAGCAAUGAGGAUAUAAGCCAAAGGGUGUAGAAAUAUCAACUGUUGCUUCAGAUGUUGAGAAGCAAUGAGGAUACGAGCUGGGAAAUUGAUGUUUUGAGGCUAUAUGUUGCACCCACUAUCCUAGUGUUGUUGCUGUGGCUUGUGAUGGACUUUGGAAGGUGUCAAUCCUUGGGUAGUCAAAACCUAGUGACCAAGUGGAGGAGAGAGAAUUGGCACUGUAGCAAAGAUAUUGGCACCUAUAUCUCAAGGCUCAAGGAUCAAGAAUUUGUGGUUUGUGCAUAGUGUCAACACUCAGGACCCAAGUGUUGAGACCCUUAGUUGCUGACAGCAUUUUUUAUGUAUGUUAUACUUGUACCCAUUCUCUACAUGCGGAUUAUCUUUAUAGGGGAUGAUUUUGAUCUGGACUAGGUCCCAAGAUUUUUCCCAAUUUGGGUUUUCUAAGUAAAAAUUUUGGUGUGAU